AUGGAUAGCGAGGCUGCCUCCACGAAGGUGCCUAGUAUGGCACCGUCGGAGAAGAACCUAAAUGAGAAGGCUGUCUCAGUAGCAUCAUCCCGCCGCUCAUCCACACAAUCCCCGCCGCUGGAGAAUAUCAGAACCGCCGCUUCAAAUGAAGGCCGCGGGGAUGCCGCUCCAAUCGAGCAGACCAUCAGCCAACAGCGCCGGAAUAACGAAGCUGGAAAGGAUUAUCCAACAGGUCUGAAGCUAGCAAUCAUCAUCAUCGGUCUGGAGCUGGCGGUGCUAUGUGUCGCCCUCGACAACACAAUCAUCGCUACAGCCAUCCCACGCAUCUCAGACGACUUCCAUGCUCUGAACGACGUGGGCUGGUACGGAUCGGCCUACCUCCUCACUGUCUCGGCCUUCCAGCUCUUCUUCGGCCGCUUGUACACCAUCUUCAACAUCAAAUGGAUCUUCCUGAUUGCUCUAGGCAUUUUUGAACUCGGCUCCUUAAUCUGCGGUGUCGCUCCAAGCUCCACGGUUCUCAUCGUCGGCCGCGCCAUCGCCGGCCUUGGCGCUUCGGGGCUUUUCUCAGGCGCCUUGAUCAUCCUCGCACAUAACACCCCUCUCGAAAAACGCCCCCUCUACACCGGCCUCAUCACCGCCGUGUACGGCAUCGCUAGUGUGGUCGGCCCGCUUCUCGGCGGCGUGUUCACUGACCACGUCACCUGGCGCUGGUGCUUCUAUAUCAACCUGCCUCUCGGCGGCGUCACCGCCGUAGCGCUGCUUUUCUUCCUCAACUCGCCUCCUCAAGCACCCAUUCAGUCCCGGACGUGGCGCGAGACUGUCGCCAUCUUCGACCCGGUGGGAACCGUCCUGUUCCUACCCUGCAUCAUCUGUCUUCUUCUCGCGCUGCAAUGGGGCGGCACGACAUACCCAUGGAGCGACGGGCGGAUCAUCGCGCUCUUCGUCGUCUUCGGCGUCCUCGUCCUUGCAUUCAUCGCAGUUCAGUUCUGGGCCGGCGACAACGCAACAGUCCCGCUCCGCAUCGCGAAACAGCGCAGCAUUGCCUUUGGCUGUUUGUUUGCCGUCUGCAUUGGCGCUUCCUUCUUUAUCAUGGUGUACUACGUCCCGAUCUGGUUCCAGGCGAUCCGCGGCGCGUCGGCUAUGCACUCCGGUAUCGAUACCCUGCCCAUGCUGAUUGCAGUCACACUCGCUAGCAUCUUUGCUGGUGCGACUGUCUCGAUUCUGGGGUACUACACCCCGUUCAUGUAUGGCUUCGUCGUGGUGGGAUCCAUCGGUGCGGGCCUGAUCACGACGUGGACAACCGACACCUCGACUGGCAAGUGGAUCGGAUAUCAGAUUCUCUACGGUUGGGGAAUAGGAAUGGGUCUACAGCAGACGCUGGUCGCGGCACAAACAGUGCUGCCUUUAUCGGAUGUGCCAACGGGAACGGCGCUCGUUGUGUUCGCGCAGAUGUUCGGCGGCGCGUUGUUCGUCAGCGUUGCGGAGAACACGUUCACGAAUAACCUCGUCUCGGGACUCGAGGGGGUUCGGGGCAUCGACCCCAAGGCGGUGAUCAGUAUGGGCGCCACCCAGAUCGGAUCCCUGAUCAAGGACCCGGGUGUUUUGCAUACGGUCCAGGUUGUUUAUAAUGACGCUCUCAUGAAGGCGUUCCAGGUUGCGCUUAUCAUGGCCUGCUUGUGUCUGCUUGGUGCGGCUGGUAUGGAGUGGAAGAGUGUCAAGGGUAAGAAGGCGGAGGUUGCACCACCGGCUUAG